AGAGAGUUUAGUGCUGUUGUUACAGCUUUGACCAAUAAAUCCUCCUCCUGCGCUUGCACACACACACACAGACAGAUGAUGGGUGUGUACAGGAAUCGUUGGCUGAGUGAUGAGAAGGUCAUUUAGAAACUAUUGAAGGAAGUUAUAAAAGUGUCCUCAUCUGCAUGUGAAGCUUUAUAAGAGAAGCUGAACACUGACACACACACACACACACACAGGGGAUAACACACAGCUGCCACUGUCAGAUUUGUUGAAGACAACAUGAAAAUGAAGUUGAUUUUCAGACUCCCUCUCUUUCUUCUUCUUCUUCUUCUUCUUCUCCUGCAGUGUGCAGAACAGACGUCAGGUGUGACGAUCGAGUCCGACCCUGCAGUGAGCCGUGACGGUGUCAUACAGACGGAGCUGGAGAAGGUUGUGUCUCUGCUGUGUCUGCCUGGAAACAGAUCUGAGGCUGAGGCUGAGGCUGAGGCUGAGCUGGUGUGGCUGAGGAACGAUCAGCUGGUCCGUCUGACGGAGGAGAACAGGAAGGGUCAGAGCAGAGUGUGCGUUACACCCGUCAUCUAUGACGAUAACGGGGCCAAUUUCACCUGCUUCCUGAGCGGCAAUGACACAGUCAGAGCCUCGGUCGUCCUCAACGUCACAUUUCCUCCACAGCUCUCGGGGUCAGAGCAGGUUCUGGUGGAGGACAUGGGCGAUCUGGUCCUGCGCUGUGAUAUCUGGGCCAAUCCAGCCAUCUCCUCUGUGCUGUGGACACUGAAUGGCACCGAGGUGGAUCUCACUGCAGGCGGCUUCACGCGCACCAACGAUGGCUUCAGCAGCUGGCUGUCCACCACAGGCGUGAAGAGAAGCCUGCAUGAAGGCACGUACCAGUGCACCGUGGUCUCCGCCAUGUACGGAGAACACAGCAAGAGCUUUCACGUGACAGUAACAGAGAAGACCGUUAAGUUCCCGCUGAUGCCCAUGAUCGCAGGCCUGGUGGUGGUUUGUCUCACCACGAUCCUCGCCGUGCUUUCUCGCUGGCACAAAAUCGUGAAGUGCGUUAAGUCGUGUCGUAAAUAAGUGUCCUUCUCCUUCUCCAUGAAGACGUCACACCUCUCUGAGACGGAGACACCUCCCUGUGCUGCCCACCUGUCCACCUUGUCUAAGUUUGAAUAGCAGUUUUAUUUCUUUUAUUUCUCUGUUUAAAAGUGAUGUUUGAUGGUGAAAUUUGUUGUGAUAUUUGUGUAAAACAUAAUGUCGUCGCUGCUCCAUGAAGUCCGUAAGACGUUUGUUUUUAUGUAAUUAUAAGACAAAGUCAAUGCAAAUUUUCUAAAUGCAACUGUGUGAUAAAUGCACGUAUGUCCAGUUACACUUUGCUCAUAAACUCCACUCUUUGUCCAGAAAUAUGAGUUUAACUUCACUUUAACUUCUAAAGGAACAAAAGCGUGUAUAAUUCAUCUGUCGAUGCCUUUGGCUAAAACAAAGUUAAAACAGCAGAAUAAACUCGUCUGUCAAUUAAUGUCAAACCUUUGAACUUUAACUGGUGACUCAAUGAUACGAGCGCGGCUCGUUAAAAUCAUGUUAUACAUUUACUCUUAAUGAGACUGAAAAAGGACAAGGAUGGACAUUUCACCAGGGUCAAGGUCUACAGUUGUGUGAUCUCAGUAAUAAAGAAAUAUUUACAAGGUUCACAUAAAACAGUGUGGACAAGAAUACAUCACUCUCAGGAGGUGAAUGAAUGGAUGAAUGAAUGAAUGAAGCUACAGUGUGAAGCUUUUAUUGGGAAAGAAAUCGAUUUAGUCCAAAGUUCUUUAUGCAGAAAUGCACGUUCAUCAUGACUCGUUCCAUAUGAAGAAAAAUGAGAUGAUCUGUUUGUUAAUGCCUGACACAGAUCACCUCAGAUUAAAACAAGCAAAAGUGGACAUGGACAUGUGUGUCUCUCGCAGGUCUACAGCGACACCUGCUGGAUGCUUCACCAAACCCUGACUUAUCAGGAAUAAAAAAGACGGAGUUAAAAUCUGCAGGGGUCACAGGGGUCGAGGGCGUCGCCAGAGCCAAUUCCAGCUGACUAUUGAGCAAAAGGCUGUGAAGAUAUUUAUUUAAUUUAAAUUGGUAUUUUCACUCAAAUAUACAGAAUCUAACUCUAUAUCUGUGAAGAUAAAAAAACAUGAACAUGUAAAUUGUUGAAGACAAUAAACAGGACUGUACCAAUCUCUGCCCGAUCUAUUAUUUAUGAUUAAUAGCGGUAUUUUUUAUUUGCAAAAGUCUUUUUUGUAUAAUUUUACAGUGAAUACCAUAAUGAAAGACUGAAAACAAGGCUGGACAAUAGAGAAAAACAAUAUAUGAUUAAAAAAUUAAUUUGACUAUUUUAA